AUGGACGCCUUCAAUCCUGAUGCAAAUGCUGAUGCAAGAAACACGGGCGUUAGAACUCGGCGUAAUCUUAUCGUGCCCACCAAAGAAGUGGAACUGACAGGACGUCUACACUCUGACCUGUUUCUUCAAGAACGCUAUCUGUUGGAUGUUGUCCCUAUGAAACUGGAAUUGCUACAAAGUCCCGAUGAGUUCUUCUUCAUGUGUGCUGCUGAUGGUGUCUACAAAAUAGCCCUGACCAAAGCCGAAUUUUAUGUUCGUCAACUCAACAUUGAUUCUGCUGUCGAAGAAACACAUGUGUCCUGUCUGAACGCAGGGGUGACUGCCAAGUAUCCCCUUUCCCGUGUACGAGUGACAGCCCAUGACAUCCCCAUAGGUGGUAGAGACUUUCACAAUGAUCAGCUCAUCGGUGGCCAAUUACCAAAACGAGUGGUCCUGGGACUGGUGGACAAUAGUGCCUAUGUAGGAAGCAAAGAGAAGAAUCCAUACAACUUCAAACACUACCAUGUCACCAUGAUGAAGCCGAAACUCAAUGGCCAGGAAGUCCAUGGCACGGAAAUGAAAAGCGACUUCAGCAACAACAGUGCCCAUUUGAAACAAAUCUACAUGAAUCUGUUCCGAAACACUGGGCAGCUGUGGCGACCUGAGACCUGUGAGGUGUCUCUCAAGGAUUUUGCUCAAUGA